CCGUCCUCCCUCCAAAGUAGGUCAUCGCUCAGUCGCUCGCUCACACUCAACGCACGUACCCGCAGCUCGGCUCCGGAGAGGCAGAAGCUAGCAGAGAUGGGCUCCAUCGCCGCCGGCGCCGAUGAGGAUGCGUGCAUGUACGCUCUCCAGCUCGUCUCGUCGUCCAUCCUCCCGAUGACGCUGAAGAACGCCAUCGAGCUGGGACUCCUCGAGACUCUGAUGUCUGCCGGCGGCAAGUUCUUGACUCCCGCCGAGGUGGCUGCCAAGCUCCCAUCCGCAGCGAAUCCGGAAGCGCCGGACAUGGUGGACCGUAUGCUCCGUCUGCUGGCCUCGUACAACGUGGUGUCGUGCAGGACGGAGGAGGGCAAGGACGGCCGUCUCUCCAGGCGGUAUGGUGCUGCGCCCGUGUGCAAGUACCUCACCCCCAACGAGGACGGCGUCUCGAUGUCAGCGCUCGCGCUCAUGAACCAGGACAAGGUCCUCAUGGAGAGCUGGUACUAUCUCAAGGAUGCGGUCCUCGACGGUGGCAUCCCAUUCAACAAGGCAUACGGGAUGUCGGCGUUCGAGUACCACGGCACGGACCCGCGCUUCAACCGCGUCUUCAACGAAGGGAUGAAGAACCAUUCCAUCAUCAUCACCAAGAAGCUCCUCGAACUCUACAAGGGCUUCGAGGGCCUCAACACCCUCGUCGACGUGGGCGGGGGCGUCGGCGCCACCGUGGCCGCCAUCACCGCUCACUACCCCGCCAUCAAGGGCAUCAACUUCGACCUUCCCCACGUCAUCUCCGAGGCGCCGCCGUUCCCCGGUGUCACCCACGUCGGCGGCGACAUGUUCCAGAAGGUGCCCUCGGGUGACGCCAUCCUCAUGAAGUGGAUCCUCCACGACUGGAGCGACGAGCACUGCGCUAAGCUGCUCAAGAACUGCUACGACGCCUUGCCGGCGCACGGCAAGGUGGUGCUCGUGGAGUGCAUCCUGCCGGUGAACCCGGAAGCCACGCCUAAGGCGCAGGGAGUGUUCCAUGUCGAUAUGAUCAUGCUCGCGCACAACCCGGGUGGCAGGGAGAGGUACGAGAGGGAGUUCGAGGCCCUGGCCAAGGGCGCCGGGUUCGCCGCCAUGAAGACCACUUACAUCUACGCCAAUGCAUGGGCCAUCGAGUUCACUAAGUAGAUGAUGAAUGACAACGUCCACCCAUCUGAUGCAUCCACCUGCAUGUGUACUUUCUCUUGGUUUUUCCUUAAUUUUGUCAUUCUCUGAGUCAUUCUAAAUUCUAAUGUUUGCGUCGUCCAUUCAUUCGAAAUGUACUACCAUUAAUAAUGUUAAUUGCUCUUAAUGGUUGUGUGUAUUAAAA